GCUUUGGCUAAUUGCUUUUGCUUUUAAAAUGCUUUGAGAGAAGUGAUUUCUUUUAUUUUUCUUGAACAACAAAACGUGAGAGAGAGAUAAAGGAAAUCACUUUUUUCAAGGCAAAGGGCAAGAGCAAUUCAAAGCCUCCACCUUUGAACAAAAACAUCCACUUCUCAUCAUUUUCUCAUCUCCCGUUCUUUUGUUUUCCAUAAGGUUUUUGUUUCUUUUUCUGCUUCUGCUGCUUCUUUUUCUUUGUGGGAAAUUAUGGCUGAUAUUUUGAGCAAUACCAACCUAGUUUCUUCUUCUUAUUAUUCUUCUUCUCCAUCCUUUAAUGCUUACCAAAACCACCACAAAUAUAGUUCUUGCAGGCUCAGUGGGUUCCCUCGGAAAUUGAAUCCUCAAGCUUUGAGAUUGCAAACGAGAUCGCUUGGCAGUGAUUUUCAUGGAAAGAGGGUUGUUCUUCAAGAAAACCAAGGCAAACCCAAUAGAGGGAUUUAUCUUCAAAGGUCAAUUAAGGCUCAGCAUACUGGCCUUAGACUCAAGAAUGCUGCAAAAUGGUGGGAUAAGGGAUUGCAAUCCAACAUGAAGGAGGUGACCUCUGCGCAAGAGCUUGUGGACUCCCUCCGGGACGCUGGGGAUAAACUUGUCAUUGUUGAUUUCUUCUCCCCUGGCUGUGGUGGCUGCAAGGCUCUCCAUCCCAAGAUAUGUCAAUUCGCAGAGAUGAACCCAGAUGUGCAAUUUCUUCAGGUGAAUUAUGAGGAUCACAAAUCGAUGUGUUAUAGCCUCAAUGUUCACGUCCUUCCGUUCUUCAGGUUUUACCGAGGGGAUCAAGGCCGGUUAUGCAGCUUCAGCUGCACUAAUGCCACGAUCAAGAAAUUUAAAGAUGCACUGGCCAAACACUCGACAGAACCAUGCGGCCAUGGGCCAGCAAAAGGGCUGGAGGAAAAGGAGCUUAUUGCAUUGGCUGCCAACAAAGAUCUCAACUUCACACAUGCACCAAAACCAGAUCAGCCAACACCAGCUCCUCCUGAGGAAGAGUUAGUACCAGCACUUCCCCUAUCUUAUACAAAUCCAAGCCCACCUCUACCUUUACCUCUUCCUCUUCCCACAAGCCUGGAGUCUGCUCAAGGCUCAGAGGAGAAAACCUUGGUCACAUCAGGGAGAUGAUCGGGUCAGCAUUCACCGAUUCUUCUCCUUAUUCUCCUUGUACAGUUCUAUUUUGUGUUUUUUAAUAUCCAUGUUACGAAGCAAUCAAACUAGUAGAGGUGAAGUCUAUAUGUGUAUCCUUACAGAAUUGCAGGCUUUUGGAUUUAUUUUUUUUGGAUCCUAGCCUGCCUGCUUGUAUGAGGGGUCUAUAUGAUGUAAAAAGCUUAUCCAUUUUGUA